AUGCCGAAUUUUUGUAUUCUUCUUUCUAUAGACGACAGUUACAACAACCACGGCACCGAUUCGUCUCCCCCGCCGGCUGGUUCCGGCGACCCUGGCGCGCAGGUGCAACACGGGCCAGGUUCACCCUACCUGCAUUUACCCGUUCAACGACGGACGCCCUACCCACUCAAAGAGGAAGCAGCCGCAUACGGUCUUCGUACCACCGACGACAUAUGUUCUGCUGUAACCGGCUCAUCGCCUUAUCAUCAGCAGCAAUUGACGUCGCAUUAUGGCGGUAACAAUAACAAAGAGCAAUUACCUCCAGCUGGUCUUCCUACAGCAACCGAUACAACAGGGUACAGAUAUCAAGUGACAAAUCAACAGCAGCAGCAAGAUGCUGCCGGAUCGCCAGAGUUUUAUCCGGUUAUGCAGGACCAUAAGAUGGCUCCAGCAGCACAUUAUCAAAAAGGGUCGUGUUACGGACGUGCUCGGUACAACGACUACUCCGAACCCUACACUCCCUACGACGCAGGGCCUUUCCAAACAGUUCCAAAUAGUAUACCUUACGACCAGUGGUCCCAGCCAGGUCUAGGGCCUUCCCAGACUCCGCAGCAGGCGCAUCAACAUACAGAUCCACAUUCGAUGGGACCAAGUGGGCCUUAUCAUCCACAUCACAUGUCCAGCACAGGACCACCUCAAAGUCUUUUAGGGCCAUCGAUGUUGGAUAAACAGAAUAUGAUGUCGGGAGCCACCUAUGGAAAUACAGGACUGUGUUUUACAGGGUCCGGUCCAAUACAAUUAUGGCAGUUUUUACUAGAACUUUUAAUGGACAAGAAUUGCCAGCCUUUCAUUUCUUGGACAGGCGAUGGCUGGGAAUUCAAAUUAACAGAUCCUGAUGAAGUGGCAAGGAGAUGGGGCGUGAGAAAAAAUAAACCGAAAAUGAACUAUGAAAAAUUAUCUAGAGGUUUACGUUACUAUUACGAUAAGAAUAUAAUUCACAAAACGGCUGGGAAGAGAUAUGUAUAUCGAUUUGUUUGUGAUCUACAGAAUUAUUUGGGAUAUUCUCCAGAAGAACUCCAUGCUAAGUACGAUCUGAAGCCAGUGAAAAAGGAAGAUGAGUGAUUUUUGUAUGACCCAAUAUAAUAAGUGAUUGUUAUGAUUUUGGACAUAAUGAAAAUAUUUAAAUAUAAAUGAAUUCUAGAAAUUUAUCAAAGACAAUAUUAAAAUUGUUAUUAA